GCUGCGCUGCGGGGCGGGCGGACUGCGCGCGGGAGGCUGACGGGGGCAGCGGCACCCGCGAGCCGGCACCGGGCGGGGCCAUUGCAGCGGCGCGCAACGAGGCCGAGCGAGAGCCCGGACCGCGCGGGACCAGGUACCUUGUGCCCUGCUGACUACUGGCGUCCCCAGGCCUCCCUUUCUGGGCUGUCGGGGGCCCUAGUACAGAGACCUCUUUCUUCCACCUAAGGGAAGAGGCACCUGGAUGCUCACAAGCUCAGCGGGACCCCAAGACCUGGCUGCAAGAUACCGCCUUUCCUUGCCUCUGCCCUCCUCACAGACUGCUCUGCGAUGACAACAGCCAGGUACCGGCCCACCUGGGACCUGGCCCUUGACCCGCUGCUGUCCUGCAAGCUGUGCCUCGGGGAGUACCCAGCGGAGCAGAUGACAACCAUCGCCCAGUGCCAGUGCAUCUUCUGUACCCUGUGCCUGAAACAGUAUGUUGAGCUCUUGAUCAAAGAAGGACUAGAAACUGCAAUUAGCUGCCCGGAUGCUGCGUGCCCUAAACAGGGCCACCUUCAGGAGAAUGAGAUUGAGUGUAUGGUUGCAUCUGAAAUUAUGCAAAGGUAUAAAAAGCUACAAUUUGAAAGAGAGGUGCUCUUUGACCCUUGCCGGACGUGGUGCCCAGCAUCCACUUGCCAAGCUGUGUGCCAACUCCAGGACAUAGGGAUACAGACCCCCCAGCUGGUGCAGUGCAAAGCCUGCGACAUGGAAUUCUGCUCGGCCUGCAAAGCCCGCUGGCACCCUGGCCAAGGCUGCCCCGAGACCAUGCCAAUCAACUUCCUUCCUGGGGAAAGCAGCUCUGCCUUCAAGAUGGAAGAGGGCGACGCACCCAUCAAGCGCUGCCCCAAGUGCAGGGUGUACAUCGAGCGGGAUGAGGGCUGCGCGCAGAUGAUGUGUAAGAACUGCAAGCACGCCUUCUGCUGGUACUGCCUGGAGUCUCUGGAUGAUGACUUCCUUCUGAUACAUUAUGACAAAGGGCCUUGUCGCAACAAGUUGGGCCACUCCCGGGCAUCGGUGAUCUGGCACCGUACACAGGUGGUGGGAAUCUUUGCUGGAUUUGGGCUCCUGCUCCUAGUGGCCUCCCCUUUCUUGCUCCUGGCCACACCCUUUGUACUUUGCUGCAAGUGUAAGUGCAGUAAAGGUGACGAUGACCCGCUGCCCACCUAGAGGACGGUGUGAUGCUGGGACAGAUUCCUGCCUCGGGACGUGUGGCCCCCUACCCCCCCUACCCCUCCCUCACUAAACAUGUUUCUUGCCUUAUGUGCCCCAUUGAGCUUCAGUGUCCAGCUUCCUGCAGAGAUUUCAGGGAUGACAUCAGCCAGUGGGCAGAGGCCUCGGGUGUGGUCUCCUCCAGGGUGUCGGGGAGGCAAGGCAGACGUGGGUGGGGCGCAUCCCACAGGGUUCUUCUGUGUCUGCAGACCUGGCCUGAGGUGGCACCAGCUGCACAUCAGGCAGCUUCAUCUCCCUGGCCAUAGACUGGGAAUGUCCCGCAGGAGCUUAGGAGACCCACCCAGACAAAGGGACACCUUGGCUUCAAGAUUGCAUCGUGUUGUCAGGAGAAGUCUUCAAGACUUAGGACUCUCUUCAGCCAGCACCUGAUUAUCUGACUUGAGAAUAAUCUGUUUGUGAACUGUUUUUACUCCUCAAGGCAUUUAGUAAAAUCCUUUUUAGAAGGCUUCCCCCCCCCUUUCUGUCCACUGAAUAGUGAAAAUCAACAAGGUGCGUCUAAACCAUCCUAUGCCUUUUCUGAAAUGUGCAUUUUAUGAAGUUCCAGAUUAGUGAGUUUCCUGGCCUGACCACUUCUUCCAGGAGCUACAGAAAGCCUUAUGCACACUUUGUGUUUCCUCUCGGAACCCGCUGUCAUGACUGUUGGAAUGCCGUGAGCUGUGUCCUGUGACCCACACAGGCUCCCUGUUGUUAGGACACACUCAAGGGAUCGUCUCCAGCUUAACAUCACGCCCCUCCGCCCCUCUCCCCUGUCCUCCAGUGCAGAUCACAGGGCCCAGUCCUUCUCCCAGGUGGCAGCAAACACCUUGGAGUGUCUCCAAACCAGGUGUUUUACUCUGAAUGCCUCUGCUUCCACUCCUUGCCCCACUUUGCAGGUUGGUGAGGCGACGAGGAGGGUUAGCACCAUCCCUCCCUGGGCAACCCUGAGAAGUUGGGUGGGAACGCUCUGAAGUCUUUGCAUUGUUCAGAUGCUUUAGGUAAUUUGAAAAACCAUGUGGCUCAUAGGACACAGGCCCAACCCUGUGGUGAACCAGUGUCUUCUUGCCAGGAAAAAACAAAACAAAACAUAUAAAGAAAGAAUGGAAGGAAGGAAGGAAGGAAGGAAGGAAGGAAGGAAGGAAGGAAGGAAGGAAAGAAGGACCCUCUGUUUCACUUAAUUAUUCUGCCAUAGGGAGUGAGUUUGCGAUUUGGUCCUUCUGGGGGCUGUGUGUUUCCAUGUCAACAAGUGUAAGAUAGUAAGACCCAGGCACUCUACUGAUGGGCUCUGAAAAUAGCAGAGAGAGAGUGCUUUCUUUCAGAAUUGACUUUCAGAGCCCACCACGCUUCCCAGGAGCAGGGUGGAGGUGUAGAGUUUCACAGGGGACGGUGGUCUAAAGGCUUACCUAGCAUCCUACAAAGAAGUAAAGCAAACCCGGAGUCCUGUCACCUCAGCCCUUGUUCUCACCAAGCCCAUGGCCUCCUUAGUGACUGUCUGUGUGACUCUGCACUUCCGGGCCAAUGUCAAGCCCUAGCAGGCACUGCCAGCCCAGGAGUGACUUCAUUUUCUUUCUUAACUGCUGGAGAGUGAGGUGGGACAACCGCUGGCUUCUCUCCCGCUGGUAUUGAUUUUUUCUUUAUUAAGCUAACGUCGUUUAGAAGCUCAGUCCACAUCAAAACCACGCUCAGACAGUCAUCCUGUAGUUGAAAUGGAAAAGUUCACUAGCCAGGUGUGACCUCUGAGACUUUCAUUCUGCGUGAAGCCUUGAGCCUCUGUGGUUGGAAGCACAGGAAGCACAGGGCAAGGUGGCCUGGCUCUUCUGGAAAGGACUGACGAUUUUAUGUGAGUCUGUGGCUGGAUUCAAGACCUCAGGCCUGGAAUCUGUGUGCAAAACCAUCUGGCCACCACCCUUUAAAAUGCUUCUCACAAGUGGCAGGCAGCCUGGGCCCUGGUUCCAGGGGUGCACAGGCAGACUUCACAAGACCAUGGUCCUUCCCACCCCGCCUUGACCACCACUGUCUGUCUCAUUAUUUGGUUGCAUUCAGCUGUGCAGUGGGAGCAGCGGCCUCCUGGGAGGCUAUGUUUCCAGACCGCAGCUCAGGCUCCCUAAUCAAAGAUGGAGUCACUUUGUAUCUGGGAGACGUCUGAAGGUUCACACACCUCUGUGACCCCACUUCAGCCCACAGUGGUCUUCCCACGCACAUGACUGGAUGCAGGCAGGGGCCAUAGGGAUGCUGGGGCUGACCAAGUCUGGAUAGAGGAUCCCUGUCUGCCGUGAGCCUUUGUAUCAAGCAUACUUGCUCAGUUGGAUUUAGUAAUAAAAACUAACUCUUCCACUCCCUCUAGAAACACCAGCAAGAUCACACUGAAAUAUAUAGACUUGCAUUGUUCCCUGUGGGAGUCCUUUUAGUAGAGACUUCCACACCUGUUUAUUAUGGACACUCAGCUUGAACCAUGUGUGAUAUAAAAUGCACGUGGAACAGUGAAGAUGCCCCCUCCCCCAGAUGCAACUGGUCUUGCUGUAAGUCCCGAGUAGCCUGAAAGGCUCUGUGAUCAUAGUAACAUUUCUGUUGCUCAGUGUGGUUGGUCAGAACUGAAAAUGAAGUUCAAUGAGACGGACCACUUUCCUGAUGGAAGAAGACUGUUCAGUCCUGAGCUUGUGGAAGAAGCUCUUAGUGACAGGAUGUGGGAUUUAGUGACAGGCUGUGGGACUUAAUGACAGGCUAUGGGACUUAGGGACAGGCUGUGCGGCUGCCUAGUAGGGCUCCACUGAAGGCCUGCUGGCCUGUGGGUUAUCUGAGGCAUUGGGUGGCUGACCCUGCCACUGUCUUACUGAGUGUGCUAAACCCUGCCAAGCUCAGCCCUGCAGCCCAUGGCUUCACAGACUCCCCAGGGUGAUGCCCUCAGAGGCAGUCAUGAUCGGUGUUCAUGGAGGACAGAGAACCAGCUCCUUGUGGGGACAAAGACUUGGAUUCCAUGAAUUAUGGCCCACUUUUCCACCUGGGAGUAGCUCAGACUGUGGAACCAACACCUCCCCCACUUUGGUAUCUUAUCUCGAAGAGAACAAAUCCUCUCUAUAGCGUAUUGUUCCAUAAAACAGGUAUAAGAUCCUGGCCAGGUUACCCACUGAAUACAACCCCUGGGGAGGAAGGCUUGUCAGCCUUGAACAUCUGACUUAAAGAUGAAUUUAUUUUUUUUCCACUGGACGUAGGAAAGGGAGAGGUUAUUUCAUGAAUUUGAAGUGUUUCCCUUGGUCGCCUUUAAAAGUUAGGGGAUUGGAGAGAAUGAGGGAGGGUUUAUUUUGUGUACUCCCCAGAUUCCCAUAGAGGAAUAAACACACCUGUGAUAAUAUAUAUGUAAAUCACAGUGAAAUCUUCAAGGGAAACCACUUUGCAUGUAUGCAAUUUCAUGACGGUUUCCUUUAAAAAAUAAAAAUACCAAAGCUUGUUUCUCCCUCACAAUGAACCCAAACCCUUAUGAAGUUGAACGAGGUAAAGUGAUUAUAACUGGCUGUCGCCAAAAACUCAACCAGGAGGGAAGGGCUUAUGUUCAAACAAUUGCUGAUGCCCCAUGACAGAGAGUCCACUCUUGGCAAUUAAAACCCUACGAUCUCUCCAGCCCUCCUGGCUUGUAUAAUCCUGUCUUCCAAGAUCCCAAGGCCCUCCAGUUAGGUGUAGUUGUGUGCCACGUGCCUGACUUUUCUUUGAGACUUUGCUAACUUUGCCUCGAGUGUAUUUUAAUCUUGUAUAAAAACAUGCAUGUGUCAGUCAUGUGCACGUGCACACGUAUGCAUUCUGUAUUUGGUGAGUGGUUAUGGUAAGACCAAACAAGCAAGCAAGCAAACAACAAAAAAAAAACUAUAUAUGAGAAAAUUGCGUUUGUGGUUUUGAAACGUGAGUACACUUCGUACCACUAACACUGUGAUGUGUAAAAGCUGUCUGAAUGCCUUUCCAUGUUGUGAUUUGUACUUGAGAACCCU